AUGGCCCGCUCCGCGUCCCUGCUGAUCGCCUGCGCUGUCGCCGCCCUCGCCGCUCUGUCGGUGGGCUCCCUCGUGCUGUCCUUCGUCGGCGCCUCGUCCCCGGCCUCGGCGGGCCUCCGGACCGGGCAGCGCGCCCCCGCCGUGGAGAUGCACUUCUUCGGCGGCCCGCCGGUGACGACCACGCCCCCGCCGCCGGUGGGCUUCAGCCUGGGGGGCGUGGGCGGGAACAACUACGUGAUCUCGAUCACCAUCCUCUUCUUCGGCUCGGUGCUCGCGAACGCCAACGGCUUCUUCGGACCGUGGUGA